AUGCCUCCUCCACGCCGCAAACUGCAAGAAACAGUAGAUGAGACCUUAACGCCUCCGGAUGCUCUUAAAGAAGGUCAAUCUAUUGCUCGUGUGAAGAAUGCCGCCGGCCACAAUUUGUACAAUGUCGAGCUACCUAACGAGAUGGUUAUACUCGCUGAACUUGAAGCUCGCUUCCGUUCCACAAUUUGGCUGAAACGAGGUGGUUUCGUGGUGAUCGAUACCAGCAGUCCUGCGGAGAGAGCCAACAAGAUUGAUGCAGAGAUAGUCAAUGUUGUUCGCGACGAAAGAGCCUGGCGGAAAGAAGCAUAUUGGCCAAAAGAGUUUGCGAAGAAGGCGGCACCAGCAGAAGAUAGUGACGAGGAAGGCUCGAAAGUUGGAAAACUACCGCCCUCAGACGACGAAGGUGGCGAUUCAGCAUAG